UCGAACAUAUCAGCAUGAACGGUGAAUCGGCGACACUAGACAAAGUUACAGCAGCGAAGAAGAUUUGCAUCGCACUGCAAAGCGAUGACAGAAAAGUUCGAAAAAAUGCCUUCAUAGACUUUGAAAAGUUCCUGUCUGACCAAAAUUUAGAUUUCAGUAAUCAAGAUCUAAGGGAUAUCUUUAAUGAAACUCACAUGUACACUUUGCAAGGAUUCUGGGACAAAACUGAAGCGGUACGUUCACAGGCUAUAAUAUUCUGCAAGUUUUUAAUUGUUGUCAAACUUCCUCUGAAUGAUUACUACUUAACAUAUAUUUUCCCUGUUAUUACUGAAAGAAUUGGCACAGUUGAAAUAGUUGAGGAGUCAGAAGAAAUUCGAUUGCAACUUGUUGAACUAUUGGAAGCAAUAAUUAUUAAAUAUUCAAACACAGUACAGUUAAAACCAUUCCUUGGUGAAUGUGUAACAAUCUUAGCUGAGUCUGUCAAAGAUAAAUUUCCAUCAAUAAAAGAACUAAGCUGCAAAACUAUUAUCAAAUUAGCUGAAGCACUGCCUAAAGAUUUUCAUUUACAAGCUGCUACUCUGGUAAAACCAAUUUUGACUUGUUUUACACACCAAAGAUACAGAGUAAGAGUUAAGGCAAUAAAAGCAAUUGGUGAAGUUAUUUUACAUACUGAUUACAAACAACUAGAUGUGGUACUCCAACCCCUAGCUGAAAAAUUGUUUGACCAGAUACCUAUAGUUAGAAGAACAGUGGCUGAAGUUGCUGCUAAUUGGUUAAUGGUUUACAGAGACAGAUAUUCAUUUUUUGCCAAAAUUAUGCCUUUGCUUCUGACUGGUUUAAAUGAUGAAGUGGAGGAGACAAGAAUUCAAGCCCAUGAAUUGUGGGAAAAGGUGGGAUUGCAAUACAUGGAAGAGAAUGAAAAGGACUUCAAGGAUCAGUUAGAUUUUGUAACAGAAUUGCCAAAGUAUUACCCAGCAAAUUGCAAAAGACCAAACCUGGGUUGUAGAUCCUUGAUACAGCGAAACGUGGGUAAAAUUGCACCCGCAUUAUCCAAAGAACUAAUGAGUUGGAAUGAGGAUAUCAGAUUCAGAUGCAGCCAACUGCUUUGCUCAAUUACACUUCUUGCUGAGGAUGGUUUAACUAUGUACUUGCAAGAUCUAUUGCCCGCAAUGUAUUCAUCUGCACGAGACGAAGACUCCCGUGUUGUUGUUAAUAUUGCCAAGGCCUCGGAAACUAUAGGAUUGUUUGUACCUUUCGAUACUUGGUCGAAAUUUGCUCUGCCUGCAGUCGCAGAAGUGCCUCAUUUCGGACAUUUGCUCGUUCUUGCCAAUUUAAUAAAAGGAUCACCGCAGGAAUACGUUAGCGGUAAGUUACUUGAGAUUGCCAAAUUGUUGGCUGAAGAUUACAUUUGUUGUACCAGAAAGGUAAUAUUAGUUUUUUUAAUACCAAUAAAUGCUGCUAAAGCAAAAGAGUUUCAGAAACAAAUGCAACGUCAGCUACUUAACUGCGUGCAAGAGAUCAGCAAAAAAUACGAACCCGAACCAAGUUGGGAAAAUACUAGCUACUAUUUGUUUAAAGUUAUUGUAAUUCUUUUGGCUUUAAGAGAUAGGGAAAACGAAGAACUGAUUUCAUCGGAUUUAUUUGAACAUCUGGCUAAAGAUUUGCAUUUAAAAGACGAUCAAGAACUAUGGAAUAAAUAUACUAGACAACUUUUGCAAGAUAUAAACAUUGAACCGAAACUAUGGACAAAAAUCACGGAUGAAUGCUGCAUCUUCCUUACAAUAUUAACAGAAUGUCACGAAGCUUUUGGUAAAAACUUGGACUUAAUCUCUGAAAUUCUUUUGGGCGCUCUCAAUACAGAAGCAGACGGGGAACAAAGGCUGAAUACACUAUUCCAUUUAUCUGAAGUGUUUAAUGAUAAGGAUAAACUUUUUAAAAACACCGAAAAUGUUACUCCAUUCCUCGAAAAACUUAUAGUUGAAAUAUUCGUGCCUUCGUUAGUGUGGCAUGCGGGAGCAACGGCCGAGGCUAUCCGAACUAUGGCUGCCCUAUGUUUAAAAUAUGCCCUUCAACCAAGCUCAAAUAUCGACUUGUUCCCAUCUGGUGAAGUGUUGAGAGGCGUUAUGGACAAGCUACUGCCUCUUCUCUUAUCAUUGGUAGAAGAUGCCUCAUUUAGAUCCAGACAAUUAGCUGUUGAAUGUAUAGUUUUACUAAAGGAAAAUGCUGUUAAGAAGAACGUUUGGAAUGCUGAGGACGUUGGAAAAGUCUAUCCAGAGAUACUGAAGAGGUUGGACGAUCCUACUGAACGAGUCCGACUGACUACAUUAAAAUCUCUUCCUGUGUUAUUGAGUAAUUCCCCUGAAAAUUUUAAAGAUGCCUAUUUCAGGGCACAUCAUGAGUUAAUUGUAGAUUCUUUAUUGACUCAUUUUGAUGAUGACGAUGAGAUUAUUCAAAAUUUAGUUUUUGACGUACUUAAAGUUGUAGCAACAAUAAAUAAAGAAGAAUUAUUGAAAAAAGUCCAGAGACACAAACGAGUGUUGAGAAAUAAAACUGGAUGUGACAAAAUAAUUGAAUAUGCAGAAAAUCUCGCUUAGUAUUUAUUUUAUGAACUAUUUCUAGUCACAAUUCUUGUAUUAAAGGUUAAAAAUAUAUUACCUGAUUAAAAA